AUGCAUGUGCAGAGGAAGAAAGAAGAGGAACUAACGUCGGAGGAUAAGGUUGUUGUGGAUGUUAAUGUAGGGAGAUUGGAUCCAGCGACUGCCACGAAAGACGAAGGCGAUGAGAGAUGGGAGUCGAGACCCGCUGGAUUAUGGCUGAAACGAUCGGCGAAGCGCCACGCGAGUGACUCUGAUAAGGCGGUUACUUCUGUGGAUGUAUUGUUUGGUGCUGAUGCUGUAGAUCCAAGGGAUGGAUGGGAAAUGAAAGGCACGCCAUUAUUACUGGAUUCUUCUGGGGAGGUGCAGGAAGCCAGGCUUAGCGUACGGAGAGGAAAGCUCAUCAAGCCAAACAAACCAACACCUCGCAUAAGGGACAAUGGAAAAUUCAAAAUUUUACAAGCGGCAGAUUUACACUUGAGUACGGGGACUGGGCAUUGUAGAGAUGCAAUGCCGGAGGAUGGCGGGAAGUGUGAGGCUGAUCCUAGGACAUUGGAAUUCGUUGGAAGAUUACUUGAUGAAGAAAAGCCAGAUUUGGUCAUCCUAAGUGGUGAUCAAAUAAAUGGAGAGACAGCGCCGGAUGCACAGAGUGCUAUCUUCAAAUAUGCAGAGUUAUUCAUUCAGCGUAAAAUUCCAUAUGCGACAAUAUUUGGUAAUCAUGAUGAUGAAGGAUCCUUACCCCGAGAUCAACAAAUGGAACUAAUCGAGUCUCUUCCGUACUCAUUAUCUGAAGCGGGGCCAGAAGACAUCGAAGGAGUAGGAAACUAUAUUGUUGAAGUACUCGCACAAGGUAGCUCGAAGCAUUCUGCUUUGACAAUAUACUUACUCGACACCCAUUCAUAUUCACCAGAUGAGAGAUCAUUUAAAGGAUAUGAUUGGUUGAAAAAGAAUCAAAUAGAUUGGUUCAAACAAACUGCCGGGGGGCUGAAAAAAGCACAUGAAGGGUAUUCCCAUAUUCAUAUGGAUCUUGCCUUUAUUCAUAUACCAUUACCUGAAUAUAGAGAUGAUACCCUUUAUAAAGAGGGGGCAUGGCGCGAAGGAGUCACUGCACCAGGCUUCAAUUCUGGUUUCCGAGAUGCCCUUGUAGAACAGGGUGUAGUAAUGGUCAGUUGCGGACAUGAUCAUGCAAAUGAAUACUGUUCUCUUUCUCGAAGAGAGGACGAAAGUCCCGCUCUUUGGAUGUGUUAUGGUGGUGGUGCAGGGUUUGGAGGUUAUGGGGGAUACGGCGGAUAUCAUCGCCGGAUUCGUCUUUUCGAAAUCGACAUGAAUGAAGCGAAGAUAGUAACUUACAAGCGGCUCGAGUAUGGAGAUAUAGAGAAGCGAAUCGAUGAACAGAUUAUAGUUGAGGGUGGGAAAGCCAUAGCUCCACCUCUUUGA